AUGUCUAUGUUUCGUCUUUUUAGUGAAGUUAUAGCUAAUUUGUUAUUUUUUCGUGCAUGCAUGGAUAGAUCGUCUGCCAAUGCCCAAAUGGCUGUUCAUCCACCAUCUUCUCCUUCAUAUGACAAAGACUACCACACAACAAAUCUGAAAUUUUGCUUAGCACAACAAAGAUUUCAUUCCAUGCUUGAAAACAACAAAAUGAAGGAUACGAUUUCAUCCGGAGACAACACUCCAAACUGUACAUAUUUCACUCGCCGCAGCGGCGCGGAAGAGUACGCAAACAAGUACCCAUUCAUGAUGGGCAAUUAUGAACUGAACUAG